GUUGCGCCUCUGUUGGCCUCAGCACUGCAACCAACCGACGUCAACCAUAAAUAGCGAGCUAGCCAGUUGUUGUUUUGGGGGAAUAAGAAAAGAGCUGCAAGCGGAAGAAACACCGGAUUUGGGCUUUUUCCUCUUCUCUCAAUUAGUCUUUUUCAAUUUUUUUGUAUACACAACUGAAAUAAUGUCUACGCCCGCAAGGAGACGGCUAAUGAGGGAUUUUAAAAGACUUCAGGAAGACCCUCCCACCGGUGUGAGUGGAGCGCCGUCUGAGAACAACAUCAUGCUGUGGAACGCUGUAAUUUUUGGGCCUGUGGGGACGCCAUUCGAAGAUGGAACAUUUAAGCUGCUGAUAGAGUUUUCAGAGGAGUAUCCCAACAAGCCCCCCACGGUUCGGUUCGUCUCCAAAAUGUUUCAUCCAAAUGUUUAUGCUGAUGGCAGUAUAUGUUUAGACAUUCUUCAGAACCGCUGGAGCCCAACGUACGACGUGUCGUCCAUACUCACGUCCAUCCAGUCGUUGCUUGAUGAGCCGAACCCCAACAGCCCGGCGAACAGCCAGGCGGCGCAGCUCUACCAGGAAAACAAGAGGGAGUACGAGAAACGGGUAACGGCCAUCGUGGAGCAGAGCUGGGUGGACGGCUGAGCGUCUUCCUCUCCGUACCUGUCGUCUUCAUCACCUCUCAUCAUCAUCAUCCCUCUUCUUCAGCCGCUCAUCAAGAAACAACAGUAACUAUCAAAACUCAAGUGCCACCCUGAUAAGUAAAAAGGAAAACCAAAUCUGAACAGACAUCAAGUUGCUUACUGAUCGUUGCAGGAAAUCUGGGGUGUUGGGUUUCCAUCUUAAAUUGUUUCUUGUCUUUUUUUAUUGCAUGGUGUGGGAUAAGUUAUUACUAAGAAAACUUGUAAUAUAUGUUUGGUUGGACUAAAAGCGGUUAAUGGCUGAGUUUUACUUCUUUUUUUUUUUUUUCUGCUGGUUUGAGAAGAAAACGCUAACGACCAAAUUGGCACGUUUUUAAAAGCUGUGGACAAACCCAGGAAAUGCCUUUCAGAGCUCAUAAAUAUCACUGAUCCUCAGUUAAACUAAAUAAAGAACGUCCGGCACUCCGUUUCUGCUUCGGUUUGGAUUCAGUUAGUUUGAGGCUGCUGCAGCCUCAAACCCGUGGAAAGGUUUCUUAUGAGAGAGGAAAUAAUGUUUUUAAGUUUUAUUUUGCAGAGCUGUUUUCUAAUUUUCUCCCUCCGUGUUUUGUUGGCUGGAAAUAAAUUCCCCUGAGUGUUUAUUAACAGCAGGUAAAAAUAGCAUUAUGGAGCCACUGCAAAAACACAAAAUUUAUUUCUGGUUAACUUUCUAGUGCAAAUAUCUUAACUUUGUCGUACUUCAAGUGUGCUAUCUUACAGGUAACUUUUCAGCAUAAGAGGUGGUUUGAAUAAAUAAUUCCUUAUUAUCAGUGAAAAGGUUUCAGUUCCGUUGACAGAUUAUUUCACAAAAUAUCUUUCCAGUGUUUAUAAGUGAAAUAAUCUGGCAGUGGAGCUGGAACUGGGUUGCUAGGUAACGGGCUGGGCCUGGCUGGGGUUGCUAGGUGACAGUGGAGAUAUUAUUUUCAAAAUAACUUUUACUGGAUUAUUGACUUAAAUCAAGCUUCUUUUUUUUUUUUGCUGAAAAGCUACUUAUAAUUAGUUUUGUCUUUUUUGUGCACCAAGACAUAAAACAAAACACUUUAAAAUUGUGUUUUUGCAGUGGGAUGCUUCCACAUCAUGUUUUAGAAUAAAUAAACGCAGAUUGAAGGGAAGUCGGUUAGGUAGGAGGGAAGUUUUAUUUUUGUUUUAAUUUAAUAAUUUCUCUCCCGAAACAAAACGAUUUAAAUCUCCAUGCUUCUGAUUGCUCUAUUAAAACAACCUGGCUGCAAAUAUUGAGAGAGAGGGAAAAAAAGCUAAAUUAAGUAAUGCUCUUCUUUUUUUAUUUAAUUUGAAAACAAGCUGCUGCACCUUCUUGCUGUUCAAACCUUCCGUGAAGAUUUAAAUGUUUUCUUUUUGGUGUCUGUACCUUUUUUAUGUUUUUAUUUUCUUUAUCUUGGAAAAACAAAAUUCCCCCGAAGCAAACAGUCAUGACUGAACCCGAUCCGCCAACAUGAAACAGAAACUCCCCUUUCUUAAACAGAGAUGCUCAUAUUGUGGCUUGUGACUUAUUUCACCUAGUAAACAAAAUAUGCUAUCAAAUUUUGAGAAACAAAUGUAUACUUAAAAUAAUAUGCUGUAUAAACAUAAUAAAACACAUUUUUCAGACUUUGA